UAGAUCCAGUCAAUGCUGCCUCCUUUGGAAAACUCAUACGGUCAAUCUUCAUGGGAUUACGAACCAGAAGACUGGGAACCAGGGGGAACUCCAAAUACCAUUAUUAUGGGAUUCGUGUCAAACCAGAUUCUCCCCUUAAUCGGCUACAAGAGGACAUGCAAUAUAUGGCUAUGAGACAGCAACCCAUGCAGCAGAAACAGAGGUGCAAGCCUGUGCAGAAAGUGGAUGGAGUUGCAGAUGGUUUCACAGGAAGUGGUCAACAGACAGGCACAUCUGCUGAACAAACCAUAAUUGCCCAAAGUCAACAUCAUCAACAGUUUUUAGAUGCAUCUCGAGUACUUCCAGAGUUUGGAGAAGUUGAAAUAUCUUCUCUGCCAGAUGGUACUACCCUUGAGGACAUAAAAUCACUGCAAAGUCUUUACCGAGAGCACUGUGAGGCAAUAGUGGAUGUUGUUGUGAAUCUUCAGUUUAGCCUGAUAGAAAAAUUGUGGCAAACUUUCUGGCGCUAUUCUCCCUCUGCUCCAGCUGACGACACAGCUAUUAUUGAUCUGAGCAAUCUGAGUGAAAUAGAAAGUCGACUUCCAAAAGGAAAACUGAUCACUCUGUGCAAAAAUGAGUCUAUUCUGAAAUGGAUGGGUAAUUGUGACCAUGUGAUGUACCAGGCUUUGGUGGAGAUUCUCAUUCCUGAUGUCCUUAGACCUAUUCCUAGUGCCUUGACCCAAGCCAUUCGCAAUUUUGCAAAAAGCCUUGAAGGUUGGCUUUCCAGUGCCAUGAACAAUAUUCCACAGAGAAUGAUACAAACCAAGGUUGCCGCUGUAAGUGCCUUUGCCCAGACUUUGAGAAGAUACACAUCUCUUAAUCACCUGGCUCAGGCAGCUCGGGCUGUGCUUCAGAACACUUCUCAGAUCAACCAGAUGCUCAGUGAUCUCAAUCGUGUUGAUUUUGCCAAUGUACAGGUAAACCGUGGCUUAAAAAACCAGACUUUUAAAAAAUUGUUAUUUCCCCCCAAAUUUUUAAUUUUGAUUGUUAUUUCUUAUUAUUCCAUCAAGAAAGCAAAGUGGGAACAGUUUGUUGAUUUUUAUAUAUGCAGUGAUUCAGCUGAAACUUUCCAGCUUCACUUUGGCCAUAAGGAAAACAAAACCUCCGAUCCAUUAUCUAUUUCCAUUUUCUCUGAAGGUUUCUUAUCUUUCAGACCAUGCAUUCUGCCAAUUUUUAUUUAAUGCAGAUGGAAAUGUAGAGUACAUGUGUUCUUAUAAUGAACAGCAUGAACAAUGCCUGAAGAUGAAAUAUUGGAUAGUAGCAUAGCUUCUGUUCUUCCAUAAAAAAUAUUGAUCAUACAGCACUAUUUCUAGUACAGAUUUCUAUUUCUGUUUUCUACAUAUUUCUAGUACAGAUACUAUAUCUCUAGUACAGAGGUGGUGGGGAGAGAGCUAGGUGGGGUAGCACAGAGAGGGAGCGGGGGCUAAGACCAAGACAGAGGGAGACUGAGAAGCGUGAUUGCAACAGGGAGGCAGGGUGUCCAAGUCUGAGGGGGAGGGGAA